UCAUCCGAGAGGGACAAACAGCAGCCGGCUGUAUCCCACAGACAGGACAUGGGCCAGUCCAGAUCCGCUGACAAGUCAAACAGCCGUGAACUUUGAAGCCAAGGCGCCUCCUCUUCCUGCAGCUCCGAGUCUUUCAGCUUCUCUUUCUUUCUUUCUUUUUUUUUUUUUUUUAAAGCAGCGAGGUGACUUUGUGGAGGGCUCUAGGGGUGGGCAGCAUCUGAACUUCUCCAGAGUGAAUGUCCUCUCGGAGCAAAGUGCAAGGUCCCAUCAGAUCAGAUAUGGUCCGUGAAGAGCUCUAGCUGCCGCCGAUCGCUCUCUCUCUCCUAUAUGCGCCUUUUUACUGACUUGUUUUUAAAGUUAAUAAUUAAAAAAUUGCACCAAAUAUGUCGUGCCUUUUAUUAGGAGUCAUACGGAGGCCGGGCGCGGUUGGGACAAGUGUUGGGGUUCGAUCGCUCGCCUCUAUCCCCUCAUUACCGUCUGCGGUGGCUGACUUUGUGAAGGGAGCAGUGGAUGAGUGUAAACCUGCCAACGUCCACGUGGUAACGGGGACUCCGGAGGAAACGGCCAACAUCCUGGCCUGUCUGGAGAGGGACGGCAUGGUCAAGAAGCUUCCCAAGUAUCAGAACUGCUGGCUGGCCCGCACAGACCCGAAAGAUGUGGCCCGGGUAGAGAGCAAGACUGUGAUUGUAACCAAGAACCAGAGAGACACCAUCCCUAUUCCUGCUGCAGGGGGGAAAAGCCAGCUGGGAAACUGGAUGAGCGAGUCCGACUGGCAGAGAGCCAGACAGGAGCGCUUCCCAGGCUGCAUGGCAGGUCGGACCAUGUAUGUGAUCCCCUUCAGUAUGGGGCCUGUAGGCUCCACGCUGAGUAAAUAUGGUGUACAGGUGACGGACUCUCCGUAUGUUGUGGCCAGUAUGGGCAUCAUGACCCGUAUGGGCUCGCCUGUUCUACAGAAGCUGUCUGAGGGGGAGGAGUUUGUUCGCUGUCAGCACUCUGUGGGACAGCCGUUCCCUCUCAAAGCUCCUCUGGUCAACUCCUGGCCCUGCAACCCUGAGAAGGUCCUGAUAUCUCACCUGCCGGACACCAGGCAGAUUUUGUCCUUCGGCAGCGGUUAUGGAGGAAACUCUCUCCUCGGGAAGAAGUGCUUUGCCCUCAGAAUUGCCUCUCGAAUCGCCAAAGAUGAAGGCUGGCUGGCUGAGCACAUGUUGAUACUGGGAAUCACCAACCCUCAGGGUGUAAAGCGUUACGUAGCGGCAGCUUUCCCCAGCGCCUGCGGUAAAACUAACCUGGCCAUGAUGAAACCGUCUCUACCCGGCUGGAAGGUGGAGUGUGUGGGUGACGACAUCGCCUGGAUGAAGUUUGACAGCCAAGGUAAACUCCGGGCCAUCAACCCAGAGAAUGGGUUCUUCGGCGUGGCGCCAGGCACCUCGGACAAAACCAACCCCUACGCCAUGGCCACCAUCUCUAAAAACACAGUGUUCACUAAUGUUGGUGAGACGAGCGAUGGGGGAGUGUGGUGGGAGGGUCUGGACCCCCCUGGUGCCGGGGUUACGCUCACAGACUGGCAUGGCAAAGCCUGGAAGCCAGGAAGUUCAACACCUUGUGCCCACCCAAACUCACGCUUCUGUGCCCCGGCGGCUCAGUGUCCCAUCAUCGACCCCCACUGGGAGAGCGAGGAGGGCGUUCCCAUUGACGCCAUCAUCUUUGGAGGCAGGAGGCCUGAAGGAGUCCCUCUGGUUUAUGAGUCCUUCAACUGGCAGCACGGAGUUUUUGUUGGAGCAGCAAUGAGAUCUGAGGCCACGGCAGCUGCUGAGCAUAAAGGUAAGGUGAUCAUGCAUGACCCCUUCGCCAUGCGGCCGUUCUUCGGCUACAACUUCGGCGACUAUCUCGCUCACUGGCUGAGCAUGCAGAAGAGAAAAGCCCCCACCCACCUUCCCAGGAUCUUCCACGUCAACUGGUUCAGAAAGGACCCCUCAUCCGGGGCCUUCCUCUGGCCCGGCUUUGGCGAAAACUCCCGCGUGCUGGAGUGGAUCUUCAAGCGCUGCGGGAGAGAGAGGGAGGACGAGGCGGCCAAGAAGAGCAUCAUCGGCUGGGUGCCGGAGGACGGAGCCAUCAACACCAACGGUCUGGGCGGCAGCGUCAACAUGGGGGCGCUGUUCGACGUGCCCAAACCGUUCUGGCAGAAGGAGGUCAAGGAGCUGAGAGCCUACUUCACUCAGCAGGUUGGAGCUGAUCUGCCUGCUCAGGUGGAGGCGGAGCUUAAGGCUCUGGAAGACAGGGUCCACAAGUAAACAGCUGAUGAGGGGAAGGGAGGAAACGGGAUCAGAGCUACCGACUGGGUUUAUAUACACAAAGAAUUCUUCCUGACUUACAUCAUUUAUCAAUCAGUCUGUGAAUUUCUUUGUGUGUGAAAACACAUUCAGGGGUUCCUGUUCGUAUGAAGAUACAUCUAAAGCUACACAUCGGACAUCAGAUCACACUAAAGCUGUAGAAACGAGGUUUGAACCAACAGGAAGCAUAGAUUUCUAAGGGGAAGGCUACAACUGCUACCUCCAUCCUCACACAGUCAGUCUGACCCUUUAGUGCCUUAGAGAUGUCUGACCACCCUGUGUCUGCUUGUGUUUACGGGCUGAAAAACCAAAGAGAACUUCGAUUACUGCAGCAGGAACAUUUUUACUCAAUAAAAACCUUUUAAAAACUAUUAUUUCAUUAAGAUUUGACCAAACUUUUAUCGGGAAAGCGCUGACCGUUUGUUUUUGGGGCCAGAGACGACUUAGCGUCAGUCCCUUCUGUAGCGGUUGUGAUGAAACUCGUGAUUUCUGCUGAUGUGUACACACGACACGGGAAUGGCCGGACCAACCCAGAUUAUCAGGGGUUAUAAAAGCUUUUAUCUCGGAGCAAUGGAGAAAUGUCUUCAGGUGUGGAAACAUUAACUCGUAUGUUUUUAUUGUGACUUGAAUAAAAGGUGGUCAGUGUCUUCUCAGA